CUCUGGACUCUCCCACUCUCGUUUUCGAAGCCGCUUUAGUUUUUAGCCGCAGCAGCUGCUCUUCCUCUUCCAAAACCCUUCUUCUAGGGUUAGGGUUUGGGCUAGGGUUGGCCUCUAUGUUCCUUUGUCUAUCUUCUGUCUAGGGUUUUCUGUAGCAGUAAAUAGAGAUUCUUUUAUUGUUUCUGUGCUCCUUUUUACUCGUUUGGGUUCGUUUCGGAUCUCGAUCUGUGUUCUAGAAUGAUGGAUACUCGUAAAAGAGGGCGGCAUGAAGCUGGCGCCUUCCAUGCUAAUGGCGGCUUCAAGAAGAACAAGCAAGAAUUGGAGUCCUUUUCAACUGGUGUAGGAAGCAAAUCGAAGCCAUGCACCAAGUUUUUCAGCACUGCUGGCUGUCCUUUUGGCGAGAGUUGCCACUUCCUGCACUAUGUUCCUGGUGGUUAUAAUGCUGUGGCUCAGAUGAUGAAUCUUGCGCCUGCUCCUCAAGCAUCUAGGAACAUUGCUCCCCCACCAUCCAAUUCAAAUGGAUCCAGUUCAUCUGCAGUUAAAUCGCGCUUAUGCAAUAAAUAUAAUUCUGCUGAAGGCUGCAAAUUCGGUGACAAAUGCCAUUUUGCACAUGGUGAGUGGGAACUUGGCAAGCAUCUUGCUCAGUCCCACGAUGAUCCCCGUGCCAUGGGACCUGGUCCAGGUCGCAUGACCAAUUGGAUGGAGCCUCCCCUUGCAGGCCCUGCAUCUAGCUUUGGUGCCUCGUCUACUGCCAAAAUCAGUGUAGAUGCUUCGCUUGCAGGAGCCAUUAUUGGGAAGGGUGGUGUAAAUUCGAAGCAGAUUUGUCGCCAGACAGGUGCCAAGCUUUCAAUCCGGGAGCAUGAGUCAGAUCCCAAUCUCAGGAACAUUGAACUAGAGGGGACCUUUGAACAGAUUCAGCAAGCAAGUGCCAUGGUGAGAGAGCUGAUUGUGACUGUUUCAAUGUCUGGCCCUGCAAAAACUCCUGGAGGAGGAGCUCCAGGGGCCCCGGCCCCUCCCGGAAGUAACUAUAAGACAAAGCUAUGCGAUAAUUUUACCAAAGGGACUUGCACCUUCGGAGAAAGAUGUCACUUUGCACACGGGGCUGCUGAAUUGCGGAAGUCUGGGAUGUGAGUGCUCUAUCAGUUUUUGCUUGCAACCUUGUACCAUUGGGAGAGCUGUUUUGAUUUGUCCAUGUGCAAUGCACCUUAGUGGAACUAACAAAACAUGAUAAUUUUUGGGCAUUUUGGUGCUAGUGUAGCUUGUAGGCAUAAGUUUACUUUCUGAAUAUAUGUUUUAUAUGCUCGUCAUUUGUUUUAUAUGCUCGUCAUUUGUUUAUGUGGAAACUAGGGCAGGAUUAUUUGUCCAAAACUGUUGGUAAUUUUGAUGACACUUGCAGAACGUGGGUAGGAUUUUAAGCCUUGUAAUAACUUUUGUGUUUCAAUUGAAGUUCAUUAAGAA